GCAGAGAUGAGACCAAGAGCGAAAAAGGCUACUCUCUCACCAGCCUUGUCCUCACUGUCGUGAGUAGAUGAAGAACCCUUCUUAUAAGAAUGAUGCUAAAUAACCUAAGAGAAGAUCAACAUGGAUACGCAUACGGAUACUAACCUAAGCGCGGCAUCAAAGAAUGCCAACGAUAUCGGCCAAGAUGCAGGAGGGUCGUCUUCAUCAAAGACGGCUGUUGUAUCGUCAAAUUACGGCUCCUCCUAAUAAAUCUUCCAUCUUCAGUAGCCUGAAGCUGAAAUAUUCAGGGCACUCCAAGGGAAACAAGGCCUCGCCGGGGUGCGCCCUGAGAUGGAUCCGCGCGAGCUCUCUAAUCAAAGCAGUCGGCUGGAGGUACAACUAGGGCGCAAGGCUCGGCCCAGUCUUCCUCAUCUGGUGCCGCUCCAGGGCCCUCACGUGGCAAGAAGGGAACUUCGUCAACGAGCAAGGGGAAGAUGAGUGGGAAGGUUAAGACAUGUUCGAGAUAAAUAUUACAACAAGGUCUUCAUUUUUUGACAUCAAGAAUUUCUUCAAAAAUUAUUUACCCAUCGAAUAGUCCAGAGUAGUUUAUAGCACGCAUGGAGUGCAUGUGCAUGGAGCGCAGAGGAGCUUUAAGGGGCGCAAGAAGCUCAAGCUCCCCCUUUAGCUCCAUGCUACUCCAUGUGAUCCAAGCACUCCAUGCCAUGCGAGCUGUGAAACCUUAUAAAUUGCUCAGUAAUACAUAGAUCCACCCAGCAUAAUACAGUAUCCACCCAUCCAAAGAACUUCAUGGUUUCUAAUAGCCGAACCCGAGCCAGUGGAUCAGACGGAACGUCAGGAAGGAAGAGUGGCAAAAAAGGUAGUGGUAAGAAAGGUGCCAUUUUUAAGGGAGCAAAGCGAG